AUGCAGAACAACGAUCAGAAAGAACUGGAUUCUUCCUCCCCUUCUGGCAGCGUGGCUAGAACUGAUACGGCACCGCCAAAGUACUCUGAAAACCCGCCUUCAUCAUCAGCGUUCACUGAACAAACAGCAACGCCUUCAUCAUCAUCAUCCAUAGAACAAGCAGCAUCAGCAGCAUCAGCAGCAUCAGCAGCAUCAGCAGCACAAACAGUACAAGUACCGCAGGCGGUGCUAGCAACAGAGCCGAGCCCAAUCGAGGCAGUGUAGGGAAUAGUGUAGUGCGUUCAGUACAUAGUACAGUUUCGAUAUCGUAAAACUAACUAUAGUUUUAGUGUUAUUAGUAAAACUAUAGUGUAA